AACCCACUUGUGACUUGGCCGACUCCCGAUUCAGUCUGGGAGAUAGGGGUUUUAUACCCCGACGCCCACUUUAACUUCAAGUUCAGGUGCCACUUUGUCUCCAAUUGGGCCGAGCGCCCACUCCAAACAGAUCCCAGCUCCUGCAUGCGUUCUUUGUGCUGUUGAGGCAUAGGCUUCCUCUGUCAACACUUGCUCAGACAGUUUGAGCUUUACUUUCCGGUUCACAUGCUCGGAUCAAACAGCAGCGAUUAGCUGGAUCGCACAUCACGACCCUAUUGCCCCCAAGUUUCCCUCCCCUUGGGGUGCACCCAUGGUGGAGCCUUCAGGCCCAUCGCUGCGCGACAGGUGGAUGUGGGAGUUUCUCUUGCAAGACCAAGCGACCCCUUAUGCGGCUCUCACAAUCCUGGGGGGCGCCCGCUUCCGAGCCCUCGCCCAGGACCCCGCCCUCAACCGCCUCCAGCUGCUGCGCCACCUUCAGGAGCAACUAGACAGGGGGCGCUUCGACCAUGACACGCUGGCCGCGCUCGCGGGGUUACAAGCUCUGGCCGCCCGCCUCGAGGGGACCCCCGCCUGGCGCCCCGUCGUUCCGAGCCCCGAGCUCUAUGGACGGGUCAAGAUCGAGGUUGUGCUCCAGCAUUUGCGCAAGGAGACGGCCGAUUGGGCGGCGUUCGAGGAGAGCUUAAAGGAGCUGUUUCCUGAGAGCGUGCCCGACACGGAGGAGGAGCAGUGGGGGGGCCUGCAGAAAGCGCAGGAGGAGCUGUGGGCGGUGGCAGCCAAGCUGGCGCCCCCCCUGCAGGAGAAGAUCGCAAAGCGGUAUCCGCGCGCGCCCCUCGUGGCGGCGCUGCGCGCGUUCCUGGAAGCGGCGUGGGGGGCUGUGGGACCCCCGUAUUUGCAGCUGGUGGCUGAUGACAUCAGCGGGGGCCGGUAUAAGUUGGGUGGGGAGGAGGAGGCGGAGGCGCCGCAGGGGCUGGUGGUUACGAUGAAAGAGCUGCUGGCGAGCUUCCCAGCCAAGGAUGCACGGCGAGCCAUGGAGGUGGGCACCAUUGGCAGCUCUGGUCUACAGCGCAGCAAGAGGCGCCGCUUUUCGGGCGGCGAGCCCAGCCGGGCCCCAGCAGCAGCGGAGGUUCCGACACCGGUGGAAGUUCCUGUGGCGACGGAAGUGCGCGGGGAAGUUGACGAGGCCAUGCCGGACCUGCCCAGCCCCGAGCGAGAGGACGAGCCCCCCAGCUCCCUGCCUGCCCCCGACGCCGCUGCUGUGAUCGACGACCUUCGGGAGUCGAGCCAGGCGCUGCGCCAAAUGGGCCACGACCCCCUUCCAGCGGUGCUCGCGCAAGCGGGGGGUGCCCGCUCCACUAGAAAGGCCACCCGGGCUGCCACCGCAGCGGCGGCAAAGUCCGACGGUGAGCCAGAGGGGGAGAAAGAAGCAGCGAUUCCGGAGGAGGAGGAGGGGGCGGGCGAGGAGCCGAGCCCCGAGACGCUGGCGCAGCGCGCGGCGGAGCGGGGCAAGGCCAAGAUGAGCCUGAUGGACAGGCAGGAGGGGGCACGCACGCUGGAGUGGACCGAGGAGGAAGACCCCAUCGAGUCCACGCCAGAGGCUGGCGCCCGUCCCCCCCGGCUGCCGUCCCCAGGCGCGCGCGAGCCUCCUCCCGACAAGAUUCGCAAGAGCGGGGAGGGCGCACCUAAAAGCACCCUCAAGUCGGGCAAGCCGCGGCGGCCCACCAACCCGUGGCGGCCGGCCGAGGAGGAGGCGCUCCUUAAGGGAGUCAGAGAGUUUGGAGAGGGCAAGUGGAAAAGGAUCCUCACCGAAUACGCCCAUGUGUUUGAACGGCGCACUGGGGUCGACUUGAAGGACAAGUGGAGAACUCGAUCAAAAGACCAAGAUUUUCAAUGAAUUUUAGCCGACCAGCGAAGCAAGGGGUGUCGACAGAUAUGGUGUCUUCUAUAGACGAAAGGUGCUAUACACUAACCGGUUCAGGCUAUCAUAAAGGAACGGAGGAGUUCCCUGGAGAUUGAUCCGAAGUCUUAAAUCUCGAGGAAGUUUGCAGAUGCGUUGCGUGUGUGCGGCAAGAUGCACAUGACAAGAUCCUGGGCUCUGUGAAAUCGAAGUCCUCUGGGUUCGCCAUCAAUCCUGAG